AUGGGUCUCUUUGGGGGCUCUGCUGCCUGGGUGGCUCUGAAUGCUUGCUGAAGCCUCUCUUUCUCCUUCUUCUCCUUCUUCCAGGAUGCGCUCCGGAGUCUUCUUGCUUCUCCAUCUGCUGCUGCCUUACCUGCAUUCCUCGCCGGCCAUCGACCAGAAAGGAAAUGGCUGUGGCUACUCUGUGCUGACACCUUACAGUGGAACACUUACUUCCAAGAACUAUCCUGGCACAUACCCAAAUUUCACAUUCUGUGAAUGGAGGAUUCAUGGGGCUGCCAGAAGUCAGUUCAGUUUGACCUUUGGUGACAUGGAUAUUGAAGCUUCAGAACAAUGCAAAUCUGGCUUCUUACUGCUUUCGUCUCCAUCCAGUGGUUCCAGCUUUGGUCCAUACUGUAGCAGCUUAAACCCACCAAAUGCAGUCUUGGUGAUGAACUCCUCCAUAAACAUCUUGUUCAACAGCACAGUGCAUCGUUCAGGGCGUGGAUUCUUCAUGUCUUAUGCUAGAGGCAAUCAAACAGAUCUGAUCUCAUGUUUACAGAAGGGAAUCCAUUAUGACAAGAAAAUAAUCAGAGGUUAUUGUCCUGCAGGCUGCAAGGGCAUAGCAGGAGACAUCUGGGGCAACAUGAACCAAGGUUACCGUGAUACUUCAGUUCUCUGCAAAGCUGCUAUCCAUGCUGGCGUGAUCUUAGAUGAGCAGGGAGGAGAGAUCACUAUAUUGCGAGAGAAGGGGAUCACUCUCUAUGAGUCAGCCUUUGCCAAUGGGCUGUACUCAAAAAGGGGAUCUUUAUCUGAAAAACGCCUCAUCUUUCAGAAAGCUUGUGCUGGCACCCUGGAAAUAGCCGGCUUCAAUGCAUCAUCCUAUUGGAAAGAACAAAAUGUCAUGGGGGAGAAUAAAUCCUGGACGCCUGACCGAGCUGCUUUUGGUGUUGAUGGUCUCUCCUGGGCAGCCAAUCUGAAUUCUGUAGAUGAGUGGCUGGAGAUAGAUUUAGGAGGAAGGAAGAACAUCACAGUCAAGGGGGAAGCGGAGUCAGUUCGAUUCCAGACAAGUCACGUGAUGCAGAUUCAAGCAAAGCGUGGAAUUAUAACCAAAGGAUCUUCUCAUCAACUGAACUACUAUGUAAAAUCUUACCAGCUUCUCUCAAGCAGGGAUGGCAAAAAUUGGAAAGUUUACAAAUUCAAUGGUGGUAAUGAAGCUAAGAUCUUUGAAGGAAAUAAUGACAGCCGCCAAGUAGUCUCCAAUGCUUUUAUCCCACCUAUCCUGGCCCGCUACCUGCGCAUCAUACCCCAGAGUUGGAACCAGAAGAUUGCGCUGAAAGUGGCACUGUUGGGAUGCCAAGCUGCUCGUCCAAAGGCUCUGCGUCCAUAUAGUGACAGUGGAAUCCACAGUGGCCCCCAAGAGCUUCCCGUCCUGACUAGCAGCCCUGCCAUUUUCACAGAAAUUCCAGGAAUAGUGAUCAGUUCAGAAAAAACAGGGCCCCCUUUACUGGUGAUGCUGCUGAUUGGAGGUUUUGUCCUAAUCUGCUCUGCUCUCUUGUUGCUGAUUUUUCUCCGUCAUAAGAAGAGGAAGGCAGCAGUAGAUCAAGACUGUGGCCUCACCAAAGAUUCCACUUUAAUGUACCGAAUACCGGAAGACAGUCAGGUAGUUCCUGGAGGAAGCCUGCAACCUUCCACCUCUGAAGUCACCUCAUUCCAUGGAGCAGGAAUGCCAGUGGAUGUUGGCAAAGCUCAACCACCAGAAUAUGCUGAGCCAGAUGUGGUCCAAGUCAGCCAGACAGCUCCACUGACAUUCAAACCUGUCUUGGACGAAGGCUACACACUCCCUCUGAUUGUAAAUCAUUAUGAUGUUCCAAGCAAGUACCAUGAAUAUGCUGAGCCUUUGCCACCGGAACCUGAGUAUGCUACCCCAUUUACUGAGCCAGCCACACAGCCAGAAGGGGACACUUUCAGGAAGAACAUAUCUGUCAUCAAACCGAUUCCCUCAUCCAAAAGCUUGAGCGGGGGUCUGCCUUCACUGAGGUGUUCAGAAGCCCAGAUGCAGUAUGACUUCCCUAUUCAAAGGCCAGCAGAGAAGCUGGACAGCAAAGUGGCUGAGGUGGACUUGCAGGAAGGAUCUAUUGAAACUGGCUCCAUGAUGAGAAUCCACCAGUGAUCAGACUCUCAGGCUGAGAGAUGUAUUGCAAGCUGCAAAACCAGCUACCUCAUCACAAGGCUGCUCUUUCAUGCUCAGAGACUCUUCCCUCUGCGCACACCUGCCGCGAGUCUUUGUGAACAAGAACUCUUGCUUGAGACUGCUAAAAACUAAAUAUGGGCUGUGUUAUGGAACUUUAUUUCAAGACAAUUUAUACGCAGGCUGUUUGUUUGUUUUGACUGAUUGUUGCUCUCCAGCAGAGCAGAGCAGACCAUUUGGUAGUAUGAGGCAAUAGCUUCAUGCAGGAGAUACUGGUGGGUAGUAGUGAUAAUGGUUUCCUGGCCAUUUCCAUCUUUCUAUUGGAAGGAAGAACCGUGUGUGUCUUCUGUCCCUUUCUGCAUCAUUUCCCAAUUAGUGUUGCAGUGGAGACCACAACGAACAAUCUAAUUUCCUUUGCUAUGUUGAAAGCCAAGUGGAGCGAUCCCAUCUUCUCUUGUCUUUCAACCCACAAAGUCCCUGGGGCUCAAGCAGGGGCUUUACCCAUCACUUUCUGCCUAAUCCUUCUAAAACUGGGGAUGUCAGGGAUUGAACUUUAGACCUUCUACAUGCAAAGCAUGGGCUCAGUUAUGGUCAAACAACAUUCCUCCCCCUAAAACAAGUGGGCAACGGCACAGAGGGGGCAUAUUUUCCAGGCAGCUGUAACAGAUUCAGAGGCCACUUCAUUUCCAGUUUCACUUUUCAGCCAAAGAUAUCUAUUUCUCCCAUUUUUGAAGUAAGGAGUUGUGGGUCAGCAGAGUGCUAAUUGACCUAAACCACCAUGCUUUUGCAUUGUUUAGAAGAGUUUUUGGCUAUUUUCACCUAAAAAUGUUUUAUAUGAAGCUUGGAGUUAGGAGCUUAUGGGGUUCAAAGCACAUGUGGCCCCACAGGCCACACAUUCCACACCCUAAAACAUGAAACCUUUUCUCCCACCAGCAAAUGAAAACUGGUAUUUUGUUCAUACCCAACUUUUGGAGAGGAGCAUCUUUGAAUUCCUGUGCAUUUGACUGGUAUGGUAUUUCUUCUCCGCCAAGUUUAACAAAUACAGGUUGUCUCCUUUAUCCAGAACUCCAAAAUCUGAAAUAUUCCAAAAUUGUCCACAUGAGAUAGUGCUUUCUAGUGGUUCAAUAUAUAUAAACUUUGCUUGAUGCAUAAAAUUAUUGAAAACACUGUGUAUAAUAGUCAGGCUAUGUGUAUAAGAUGUAUACGAAACACAAAUGAGUUUCAUGCUUAAACUUGAACCCCAUUUCCAAAGUAUCUCAUUAUUCAGAUAUUCCAAAAUCCCAAAAUCUCUGAAAUCCAAAACACUUCUGGUCCCAAGCAUUUUGGAUAAGGUACACUUGGAUGUCAUCUUUAUUAGGAUUUGAAGGCAUCAAUACUGUAACUGAUGUGUGCAAUGGCCGAAAUGAAGAUUCCCAUUUAUUUGUACAUACCUGUACUAUAUUUUUGUAUUUUGUAAUUAAAAUUAUUUUUGCUAAUAACAUAUAUAUAUAUAUAUAUAUAUAUAUAUAUAAUAUGUAAUAUACACAGUGUUGUGCUUUUUCUUGACAACAGCCAGAUCUCAGCCAAUGGACGCACAUUCCCUUAAAACUUGGGGAAGCAUUUUGUAGACCAAAUAAAAACCCUUUCGUUUUC